CACCGCCCAGCCUUUGAUUUUCAACCCACUUCCCAAAGACCACCAUCGUGACAAACCGUGAACUUCUAUCCCGACCGUCCGUGCUUCCAUAGUCUAUUCCCAGGCAUUGUUUGGUUAUCGUUAUCAUCAUUCCAUCCCUCUUUAAAAGAUCAAUACCCACUCCGACCUUCACCUCCGACCGUCUGACAAUCUUCCCAAACACCCGCCCGCCUCUUGCCAACAUCCCAUCAAACUACAAAUACCACUAUUUUCCUCCCGAGCCCCCGAUCUUGCGCACGAGAGGAAUCUUCGUCAGCAUUUUACGUGUCGAUCCCUUGACGAGCCACCACAACAUAUCUACUUCACCACCACCGCCACCACCAACGAAGUAAAGUGGGCUUUUCCAGCGGCAGCCCAUUUUUUCUUUUGUCAACCUCCGCCACCGGCACCUCGCCUUCACUUCCGUAACCACAUUGUGCCAUGUCGUACAGGACAACAGCGUCGGGCGCUACAACGCGCCUGAUGAGUGAGAUGAAGACGCUACGAAAGGAGAAGUGGAUUCACUUUGAAGAUGACGAUUCUGCGACCCUCAACAUCCUCAAGUGGCGCUUCGGCCUCAUGGUCAUCAACCCCGACAGCGCCUUUAACGGGGGGUACUUCCGGGCCGAGAUGGUAUUUUCGGACGAAUACCCCUACCAGCCGCCCAAGUUCCGCUUCCUGAUCCCCAUCACCCACCCCAAUGUGUAUCCGGACGGCCAGCUCUGCAUCUCGAUCCUGCACACACCCGGCGAGGACCUAAUGUCUGGCGAGCAGGCGAGCGAGCGUUGGUCGCCGCUCCAGGGCGCCGAGAGUGUGCUGAGGUCGGUUCUGUUGCUGCUGGACGACCCUGAAAUCAACAGCCCCGCCAACGUAGACGCGGGCGUCAUGUACCGCGACCGCCGAGAGGAUUACAACAAGAAGGCCCGGGAAACGGUGGAGAGAUCAAAGAAGGAUAUCCCGCCAGGAUUCGAGAUGCCGGUCAGCUUUGAGGAAAAGCCGCCUCCGAAGGCGGAGAACGACGACGACUUUUGGGCCGAGUCGGAUGAGGAGUUUGACUUUGGUGGUAGUGACACCGGGGAUGACGACGAGAUGGAGGACUUUGAGGACGGGGAGGAAGGGAGCGAGGAUGACGACGACGAUUCCAACUCCAAGCAAUAGACGGACUUGCUUGCUUGCUUGCUUGCUUGCUUGCUUGCUUGCUUGCUUGCUUGUUGUUUCUUCAACAGCAGCAGCAACCGUUUUUGUCGUCGUUGUCAAGCUGGGAUGGAUUUGGUCCGGGUCAGGAUGGUGAUGAUAU